AGAUGACAUCGCAUGCGUACGCACACGCCAACGCUCCACAAAAGCUGACUACUAAGCUCAUAAAUAUUAUUGUAGGGAAUUUGAAAGCGCAAAGUGUGUAUUAAAAAAAGCAUCAGCAAACAAAAUUUCAAACAAAACGCUUACAAUUAUGUUAAUGUGUAAAACGAAAAGUGUUAAAUUGUGAAAGUCAAAGACGACGAAGAAGAGGUGACAAAAAUCAGCGAAGCACACUAAAAAUUACCUUAAAGAACAAGCUCAACCGGAUACUAGUGAAAGAAGUGAUUACAACUGAAGUGAAUACGAUGAACGAAGUAGAAAGUAGUUAAAUAUAACAUUUGAGUCAGACUUUAAAUACUGACUGAACUAAGAAAUUCUAAAAAUCCAAAUCGUAAAUGCCGUGAAUUUCUUUAAUAAAGUGAAUAUUACACACGAAGAAAAGCAGAAAAACAGAACAAAAAGUAAUGCAGAAAAACCACAAACAACUGUCAAAGUGUACGCAUACAUAACAACAGCAGCACGAGAAAAAAUCUCUAAGCCCCCCAGAAGAAGGUUUGACAGCAGCAACGACGAUGGUGAGAACCACCAAUCCAAAGGAGGACAAGCCAACAGCAACAGCAAAAAGCACAUACAAUAAAUCAAUCAUAUUGCCAAAUUGGAUGGAACAACCGCAAGACAGCACCAAUAUGGCAUACAAUAAUAACAACAACAACAACAACAACAACAACAACCAAAGCAGCAAGCGAAACGAGAAGAGCAUCAAGAGCGAAAAUAGUCACACAACCGCCGCGGCUGAUGCUGCGAAUAACCACAAAUAUUGCGUACGAAAUCGGCACAGUAGGCCAACGCGAGCACUUAACCCAACAAACCAAAGACAAACACCGCUGCGUUUGUUGCUGCGUUGCUGUCACUUGUCCACCACAUUGCGUCCAAUGGCGCUGCUCAUCAUUAUCAUCCUGCUGUCGUUUGAAUAUGUGACGCCAACUAAAAUGGCAGACUUGUACGAGAGUACAACGCCAAUGCAAGCGAGUAUUAGUGGCAACAACCACGCGCUGGACGCCUCCAAGGAGAAGCUUAGCAACCCGGCGGCGGAGACGAAGACGUUGACGACAGAAGCGCCAAUUAAUACAACGAAUUGGCAAGAAUUUGAUGUGACCACAAAUCGCAGCUAUGGAUGGAGUAAUAAAAGUCAGACGGCCGGUGAUGCUAACAACUACAAUUAUGCUGGUCGCAGCAAUAAUGGUGGUGAUUCGAUUUUCUUGCGUUUCGCGCGUCGUUUCUCCACCGGCAAUGAAUUGUGGGAUGAUAUUAUACGCGGUUGCUAUUUGCAACCAAGCUUUAGUUGCUUCCAGAAAAAUGUCUUCACUUACUUGAGUGGCGCACUCGAUGCACAUGACGUAAAUAUAACGCAGCGCUUGAAAUUCUAUCGCAAUCAAGUGGACUAUGCGGACAUGCAACAUGAGCCGACGGAGGCGGCAGCAGCUAAGGAUGGCAGUGUGGAUGGUUCGGCGGAGGAGGGUGGGGCAGUAACUAUGUCACCGUUUGGAGAGGAGGAAAAUUUGCUUAGCAACGAGAUACCACACGACGAUGAAGGACGUGCGUCAAAAGCAAGAGACACACCUGACACAACAACCGAAACUCCAAUUGAAGAGGUCACCAAUGCGCUAUAUGGAAAAAGUGUGAAAUUUGCCAUGACACACGAUGUGGAAAUUAAAUUACCAGAAGUGAUGUUUGAUGGUGCAACAUUUCGUAUUUCACCACGAUCGUUCGAAGGCAACGGCAUUAUUGCCAAGUUGGAAUUGAUACCGAAACAGGAGGUGGAAGCACGUUUGGCUGGCAAAAUUAUAAUGAAAAAAAUACAGAAAUUUCUACGCAGUAAAUUAUUGCUAUCAUUUUUGGCGCUCGUGCUCAUUAUAAAAAUCAUCAAAAUCAAAUUGUUCUGGUUGUUGCCGUUGGUGAUUGGCGUUGGCGCCGCCAAAAAGUUAUUGCUCAAAUUCCUGCUCUUCCUCUUCCCAGCGCUAUCGCAUCUCUUCAAGCUAUGCUCAUACUAUCAACAAACAUAUCAUUCGACUAAAUAUCAUCAUCAUCAUCAUCUAAUCAACCAUCAUCACACGGUCGUUCCCGCUUGGCACGCGCCGGAACAUCAUUCAAUACCAGAAAUCAUUUAUACACAUCCACCAAAAGGACAUCCCUCUACGUAUUUACAUGGCGCACCAAUACAUGAGUCCUAUGGUCCUUAUUCGCUGGAGCAUAAUGAGGGUAAUUGGGAGAAUUCCGGCCCGGGUUUGGGUUCAGAUUAUGUUGGUGAAAUAAAUCGUGUUGCACAAGUCGAUGAAAACUCUUCUAAUUAUUUUAAACCAAAUGCCCAUAAUGAUGCCAAUGAGAUACUUGUUUGGGGUUUGGGCACAACACAGCCGACAAUUCCCCAACAACAACAGCACCACCAACAGCUACUUAAACAACAACAACAACAAUCACAACAAAGGUAUCGGCCAACAACACAGCAACAUCAGUCACAACAAACACCUACACAACAACAACGACCGCCAUCACUUGUACAGCAACAGAAAAUGCAAUUGCAACAGCAACAACAGCUAGUACAACAAAAACUGAAAACACAACAUAAACAACAACAAACACAUAACCUUCAAAAACCACACGCUACUAGUCAUAGUUUCAAUCCAUUUUUCAAUGGUGAAAAUAAUUCCAAACAGCAAAGCAUAUUCGCUACGAAAUUAAAAACUGCGACUCAAGCACAAUCCGCGCCAAAUCCAGUUUAUGCUGCCCCGCCACCCGCACCACACCAGCCACGGCCGCAGCAUCCGCAACAGCCAACAGCUGAGGCAUUAACCGCAGCCGCACAUAUUGCCGCUCAAUAUGAUCCGGCACGCAAUAGUCUCGCACAGCAACAACAAAAUCAGGAUCAACUUAAGCAGCAACAGUUACAGCAAUUACUACAACAAAAGCAACAAAUGUCGCCCGAAUUGGCAGCACAAAUAAAGGAAGCGCUACGCAUUCAAGCUGAGCAGCGUAUAAUCUCCCAACAACAGCAAAUACUGGAUAAACAACCAUUCGUACAGGACGGACAGCCAAUUAUGCCAAAGAACUAUGAUCCCUUUUACAGCCCGAUUUUACUAAAAAUUGAUAAAAUCGUUGAACAACUCGGUGUUACCGACGACCUCUGCAAAGAGCGACUCAUCUGCAGCAUGUAUAAGGAUCCAACACGUUACAGUCCACAUAGUAAUUUUGUUUCGUCGGAGUUGAGUCGCGACACGAGUGAAUUGCAGCCCGUAUCAAAUCCAAAUGGAGCCGUUGUGCGUUUCUAUCGUUUCAUACAAGCCGCCCGAGACGGACAGGAUCAAAGAGAUUGCCUACGUUUGUAUCCGCAAUGCAACAUUAAUACGGAAUGAGUUGGGUUCGUUCGGUGGCGUUGAAGUGGAAAUGUGAAUGACAUAAAAUCGAUAUGAAAUCAAGUGAAAGCUCAUGCUUAUGUACCUACAUACAUACAUAUUUACAUGUGUUUGUGUGCAUGUGCGUAUAGAGCGAAAAUGUUUCCAAUACAUUUCAGUCUGCAGCACUUAAGGCGGUUGGAAUAAAAAGAGUAUACCAAAACCAUAAAUCGACUAACGCGCUACCAACGACGAUGUUUAGUGAGCCUCCAACAGCAAAAAACAAGACAAAAAAGGAAGCCUGCAUAACGAAACGAAACCCCGCAGCGUUCAAUAGUCAUGGGAAUUUCGAUUUAAUAGUUCGUCUUUUGUUUCCUACUUUUCCCUUUGAUUUUGUAAAUAGGUUUAGUGCAUAAGUCGAUAAGUUCAUUUAUUUAUAUUUAUUUGUAUGUGUGUAUUAUUUAUUUGUUUAUUCAGUUCUUUUAGUAAAUUUGCGUGUGGGCAGUUAAAUAGCAUAUUUUAAGGCGUAAUCGCAGGCUCGCUUUGAUGCUGCUUUGUUGUAUGUUAUUUUAGAAAAUUGUGUAAAGUGAGAAAAUAUUUAAUUUAAUAUAAAACCAUUUAUAAUAUUCUUUAAUAUUUUAGUUGUAAUAUGGUUUUUUUAUAGGCGAUUAUCCAUACUUAGCCACCUGUAAGUGUGCAGCGAAAAAUGUUGCUUUAUAUUAUAUUAGAGUUGGCCUACUUACAGGUGCUGCUUAAAAAAUAAUUUUGAACGACGGAAAAUAUUUGAUAAAAAUUUGUUAAUUAUUACGCAGUGGAAUUUCAUAAAUUUUUUAUUAACAACAAAAAAAUUAUUUUAAUAUUUAAACUUUCUUCAUAUUUUGUGAUGCUACACGUGCAAGGUCUGCUCAAUAGAAAAGAUGAUUUAAAAAAAAGCAAAUGAACGAUGAUGAACGAAGAGUAUGUAUUAAAAUCAGCUUUAUGGAAUUAGUGCUAGAAAUUUUGACCGUUGCAUUCGGUAAGUCCACUUUGUCUCAAAAAGGCGUUCAUAAGUUGUACAAGAGCUUUACAGAAGGCUAUGUAGAUGAUGAUGACGAUGAGUGUCCGGGAGUUGCAACCACAUCGAAGCAGUGAAAAAAAUAGUUUGGCAAAUCGGAAAUCAAAUUACUAUUUGGGGAGUUAUAGGUGGUAUUGGCAUCACAAUCGGCUCAUGUCAUGCACUUUUAUCGAGUGUUUUAGACAUGAAACGGUAAUUCAGAAAUAAAAUAAGUUAUUGAAUGACACCAAUGUUGAUUCAGUUUUGCUCGAAAGGGUCAUAACUGGUGACGAAACGUAGGUGUAAGAUCAUAACAUCAAAAGCUAGACCAAAUCAUCCCAAUGGAAGCAGCCAGCUGAAUCCAGACCAGCAUUAUCUGUUAACGACUUAACAUUAGCUGUUAGCGAUUUAACAUUAUCUGUUAACGAUUUAA